AUGCAUGAUCGUCAGCACUGGAAGGUUGCUGCUCCGUGCACAUUCAUGUUCUUGCUCCUGCUUAUCGGCCUCGCGAUUGGCUUGAUACCAGGGCAAGCGCCCUUACCCCGAUCGGAGAUCGUUGAUCUGACGUAUGCCCAGUACCAAGGGGUAUCGCUCUACAAUGGCGUCGAUCAGUUUCUCGGCAUGAGAUAUGCACGUCCUCCGGUUAAAGGGCUGCGAUGGAGGGCGCCUCAAGAUCCGGAACAAAGCGACGAUGUGCAAGAUGCAAUCUCGUUUGGUCCGCUGUGCCCCGGUGUUUCACAGGCGCUGAGUGACACAGUGGCGGAGGACUGUCUGUUUGUGAAUGUUUGGCGACCGAAGAACGCCUCGGUCGAUUCGAACUUCCCCGUCUGGGUGUUCAUCCAAGGGGGCGGAUACGCGACUCUCGCCAACGCGAACUUCAACGGGAGUGACGUGGUGCAUCAGUCUGGCAAUGGCCUGGUGAAUGGCGACCUCAAUGCCGGCCUGCUGGAUCAAAGGAAGCUGUUCAACUGGGUGCAGCAACACAUUCGAUCCUUCGGUGGGAAUCCAGAUCGUGUCGUCAUUCAUGGAGACUCCGCAGGGGCCGGCGCUGUUGCUCAUCAUCUGGCCGCCUAUGGAGGCAUGGACAUGAACCUCUUUGUCGGUGCAGUGGCGGAGUCGAGUUUCUGGCCGACCACGAGGACAGUGUCGGGGAUGGAGCUCCAGUUCCGAAGAUUUAGCGACAAGGUUGGCUGCGGCCAUGCGCAUGACAGGCUCUCAUGUCUUCGAGGGGUGGAUAUGAAAACCAUCCAGAAGAACCAUGUCAAUGCGCCGUUUCCCGGGGGCAGCGGCAGCCCGGUCCCCUUGUGGUAUUUUCUCCCUGUUGUAGAUGGCGACCUGAUACCCGACCGUCUCUAUCGGUCUUUCAAAAAGGGCGAGUUCAUCCAUGUCCCUAUCAUGGUCACAGAUGAUAGCAACGAAGGGACGGGCUUUGCAUAUGACGCCACCAGCUCCGAGGAUGUUUCGCGGUUCCUUCGAAAUAAUUACCCGGGGCUGGGCGAUGACCAACUAGAGCAGAUCGAGGUCGCGUAUCCCUCGCUGCAGAAUCUCCCAGGUCACGGGGCUUAUUUCCCACUGGCGGCAGCGGCUUAUGGGGAAUCCACAUUUACCUGCCCUGGGAACUAUAUAGCGGCAAGCGUUUCCAAGUUCUUCUCAUCCGACCACGUGUGGAACUAUCGAUGCAACAUCCGCGAUCCGACCGAGAUCUCAGAAGGAAUGGGGGUGCCUCAUGUAUUUGAGCUUCCGGCUAUCUUCGGGCUGAAUGCCACAAACCAAGCCGCAGACUCUCUAGCUACCACCAACGCUGCGAUCGUCCCCGUCGUCAUGAGCUAUUAUAUCAGCUUUGUCAAAUCGCUGAACCCCAACAAGUUUCGAUACGAGACCGCGCCUGUUUGGAACAGCUGGGGAAAUGGAACUGGCCACCGAUUACGCGUUCAGACGAACGCAACGGCAAUGGAGGUAAUUCCGUGGGCGCAAGCUCAACGAUGCUCCAUGUGGCGAGCUCUGGCGGCCCACAUGGAGCAGUAA